AUAAUCGUAAAAGUGUCUGCCAUAUUUGGUUUUCCCCUACCAUAUUUAGCAACAGAUUCUGAGUACUUAAAUGAUUUAUUGGCUUUAAAAUACAGUCGACCAUGAGUUACAGUAAGUCUGAUAAUUUCUCAGUUGUUGCUGGACGAGAUGGAUCGAGGUCAUUUAAAGGUAGGGCAAUAAAGUUUUAUUGAAAUGAGGACGUUGUCGUUAUAGUUAUUAAAAUCGGGAUAAAGGACGUUACGACAUGGCAUGGGGCACAGCGUUAUACUUAUACUUACUUAUUACUUGUACCUCAUUUCGAUAACCAGUACCAGUGGUUGGUACCAAUUAUUAGAUAAAAGAUACUUAUGGUUUUGGUUUAAGGCCAAAAGAAUGAGUUGAGUUAGACCUGUACAGGAAGAAGUCUUGGAGGUUCCCCCAGGUCCACUUCCAUCUACUCACUGUUUAGGCAGUUUAGGGCUGUCCACAGCACUGUACUAAAACAAUAUCGAUGUUUGUAUUCACAUAAAUGCAAGUUUUUGUUUUCUUAUUUUAUUUUUUUUUAACUGGUGGGGGGGGGGGGCGUGUCUCCCCUCCCCAGAGGAUUUCUUUGUUUCUUAUUUUUGUAUUUAAAGUGAGGGGAGGGGUUUGGGGAACCUGCCCAGUCCCUAGGCCUAGAAGAUAAUUCCAAAGCAAUUUAAGCGGUAGUCUCCCUUUCGUUACCGAAGUUUUAACAAACAGGUAUUUUCAUUUUCAACUACCAUAUCUUCUGGCAUAUAAGACGACUGGUUGUAUAAGAUGACCCCAUACUUUUCCUUUUAAAAUAUAUUACUAAUAUAGUAUAGGGUUUGUGCUGUAUCAUACCAGCUUAUAAGACGAACUCCGGCGUAUAAGACGACCCCCGACUUUUGAAAAGAUUUUCAUUGGUUUAAAAGUCGUCUUUAUAUGCCGGAAAAUACGGUAAUCAAAAUACAGCACUUUUGGUGCGUGUCUUUUAUUUUCACCGUUGUUGGGUCUUGGGGUAUAAUAUAAUAAGCAAAGGAUGUGUUUCUUUUUUUCCUUUCUUUUGAAAGGUGUAAAUUUAAUCUUAAUACAAAUUAAUGGAAGAUUUCAUUUUAAUUUACUUCAUAUUAACCGUAUCGUUAUAAUACAAGUAAUGCUCAAUAAAGAGCAGGAAUGUUAUCACUGAGUGAAUAUCACACACAUCGUUCGGGUCCCACAAUUAACAGGUCUUUCACCCGAAGUCUAGUGUUGGAAUUCCCCAAAGUUAUGUCAUUGCGCUUAGGAUGAGACAACUCUUGGCAAAAACCCAUACCGUUAUCCCAAAAUUUACCCAGGCAGCUGACAGAGUUGGGGCCCCUUUCAUGUUUCAAACAUGUGCAUAUAUUUUAAAAACUUUAAAAAAAGGGCGGGCCUUUAUCUAGCUCAGGCCCCUGACAAGUGCCAUGGUUGUCCCCCCUAGAUGCGGGCCCAGAUUAUGUGAGGCUUUUCUUGAAUUAGUGCCUUGGCCUUACUAUGGAAAUCUACCUAUUCAGACUUGAAUAUAUAUAUAUAUAUAUAUAUAUAUAUAUAUAUAUAUAUAUGAAAAUAUUAUUGUUCUGAUCUGAAGUACUAUUUAGUAUUUAAAUAGUUAAUAUAGCCUUUAUCUAGCUCAGGCCCCUGACAAGUGCCAUGGUUGUCCCCCCUAGAUGCGGGCCCAGAUUAUGUGAGUCUUUUCUUGAAUUAGUGCCUUGGCCUUACUAUGGAAAUCUACCUAUUCAGCCUUGAAUAUAUAUAUAUAUAUAUAUAUAUAUAUAUAUAUAUAUAUGAAAAUAUUAUUGUUCUGAUCUGAAGUACUAUUUAGUAUUUAAAUAGUUAAUAUUUUAUUGAUGUCCAAUAAUAGAAUAGUGGAGUUUUCGGUGGCAUAGAAAGAGAGAGUGGGCGCUGUUUUCUCAUUGCAAUGCCAGACUGACGUGAGAUCACAGGAGUGCAUAGAGUUCCUAGAGAGAUAUAUCCUUCCAGGCUCACUUAUAUCAGACUGAUGGGCAAACACAGAAUCUACUAACAAUCUGUUGUUGCUCAUCAACAGAAUUGUGUCAAUCCUAAAGACUAAGACUAUUGAAAAUAUGGGGAUACACGCAAAAUUCAAACUGAAAAGACAGUUUGGUUCAAGCCAUGAUCUUUUCCCUUCAUAUUUUCAUGAGUUCAUGUCCCAUAAUCAUUUUCGAGGGAGAUGAUAUAACUCAAACUCUUGAUUUCUUUUCAUAUAUUAAAAAUGUUAAAAAUUUUCUACUUGAUGUGAUAAAUUAUUUUUUUUAAAGUUUUUCUAUUUUAAAAAAUGUUGUCUUUAUAUAGUCUAUGCACUGAAAUGAAUAUGUCAUAAAAAACAAUAACCGUUCAAAUAGCACUUCAAACCGGAACAAAGUGAUUUUUUUCACAACCGAUGCUCAAGUGGUAGAUUAACUUUACUACUUAGACCUAUUUCUAUCAAUUUCUGAUUUCAAUAGACUUAACUAAAUACUAAGUCUACUGAAUUAACACAUUUGCUUCAUUGGUAAAAUAAACUAUAAUCUGAAUAGCCUAAUGUCAGUAUUAAAGUAUGAAUGAAAAAUUUAUGUUUUUUUGAAAACUCACAAGGUGGAAAAAAUUAUAAGGUGUCACACACACUGGUCACACAUGAGCAGUACAAUUACAUUUAGACCCAGGGUUGCCAAUCAUUCGUAAAAAGUGUAGGUCCUUAAGAAUAGAAUUGAGCUAAUUUUUAGUAGAUUAGGUCUGUCUAUUAAAAUAAGCAAGCUAAAAGUAAAAGGCUUGGCCUAGAGAUGUUGACCAAAUUAUUAUAUUUAUUUUCUUUUACUGUUUUACCUUAUGUUGAAAUUCUAGGAGACCAUGAUGAUAGAUGGAACAAUAAUGUCUCGAACCGGGGAUCCAAUUACAAUAGAGGACCUCCAAGAGGGAAUAGAGGGAGCAGAAACAAUCGUAGAAGUGGUUACAGAAAUUUUAAUGCCGGUUCAUCAAGAUUCAGAAACAGACUGGAAAAUGUUGAUGAGGAUGGAGAUGUUUCCAUGGCUGGAGACUCAAGUGGCAGAGGUCAAGGCAGUCGAUUGUAAGUUUAAAUGGGUUUAUUUUUUUACUUUAUUGUGGUGUUGUGAAGUCUUAUCUUAUACUCAAACUCAUCAGUUGAUGGAGCCUACCAUGAGUUUUUUUUCAUCUACCGAUGAGGACAUGUGUAAAAUAUAAUACUAUAGCUAUGUUAAUUUAUAACCCAAAUUUUUAUUCACUUAUUAAUUAAUUUAGUUUAAGACUGUAUUAACUGACUCUAAAUAACAGUUAUCAAACUUAGUUAUAUAAAAAAAAAACUCUAAUAAUGACACUCAUCUUUAUUGUGUGCAUGUGUGUUGAUAGAGCACACAUAGUGGAUUUUAAAUCACAGGCCAAGAUGGCUGCUGUCUUCUGACUUAAGUUUUUGAGGUUUCCAAGAAUAGUGACCUUUCUAAGCUGAAAGUCCACUCUAUGCUGCUAUUUUUCCAUAGUUGAUGAUGUCCGCUUAUGAAUUUGAACCUCACUAUCUCUUGGUAGAAAAGCGGAUAAUGCUACCAGAGUAACCCUAUGCUACAUUUCUGAUAUACAAAUUCUUGAAUAAGCUCUAAAUUUUGUUGCAAAUCAGAUAUGUAAUUAUUAUUAGCAAUUGCACUCAAAUUCUUUAUUUAUAUAAUUAUAUAUCUACAGCAAUCCCUAUGGUAAUAACAGAUCAAGGGCAAGGGGUAACAAUCGUGGCGGGCGGGGAGGAAACAAUAGAGGGCUUGAUCCAGCUGCAAAAAGUGCAGCAGCCACAUAUAGGAAGACAGAGUCAUGGUUCAAGAUCAUGAUUCCCUUUGGUGCAGCUCUACCCCAAGAUGAAUUGUUUAAAAUGAUAAUCUCAAAUAUUGAUGGGCCUUUUGAUCCAAUCAAGGUAAUAUUAGUUGUAUAUCAUACUUUAAAUAAUUUUCAGUACAUUAAAACACCAAAGAAUGUUAUUUAAGUUUACAUUGAAUACAUUUCUAUCCCUCCAGGGAUUAUGCUAUAUGAACUAACAUGUUUUAUUAUUUUAAUGACAUUUUUUUUUUAGUACUCCACAGAUGAAAAACGGGCUUAUUUUUUUGUUAAAGGAGUGGAAAUGGCAGACAGUCUUCGAGCCAUUAGUCGUCGAAUUAAGAAACCAGAUGGUCAUUUACUUAUUUUUCAUGUCUCUCCAUCACAACCUCCAGUGGAUCCUGUAGUUGAUAAAGCCACCAUUGAAAAGUUAAAGGUAAUUUUGUACAGGCUGCUUGUUAAACCUUAAGUCAUUCCUGUCUGUUUCAGCUAUGAAGAAAAGCAAUAUAGUCUACAUUCCCCUUGCUGUCCUCUAGGAUAAAAAUUCCAGCAAAGUGUUUAUUUUAUAUUCGUAUUACUCGUUGUUUUUUCACUGAAGAAGGCAUCUUGCCAACACUUUCAUUGCUUUGUUGUGUCUUUUUAUCAGGUUUUCCCCAUUCCUUGUUUCACAGAUUUUCUUCUGCCUAAUGUGAUUAAAGUCUCUCCCCUCCUUAGUAUCAAUAUGAGGAAAACCAGAAGUUUUAAAGCUUGUUUUGUUUUGAUUUAUAUGCCUGUUAUUACAACUUGUCUUAUAUCUCUUGACAAUUUUUGUUAAAUGCCUUUAUUUUCCUAGCUAUUAAUGUCACUUUUUUUUUACUUACACCUUUCUGUGUGCAUAUGUCUUUAGUUCAUUAAAUGGGUUCAUAUAAUUAAUGAACAAAUAGCUCAAUUCAAAAUAUAGUAUGUAUGAAAAUUGGAGUUAUAUUCUCUUGUUUGGAAAAUAGAUUAAGCAAAUAAGUUGGGAAACUGGGUAAUGAAUAUAAUAAUUUAUCCUAUGGUUACAAAAACACAUUUAAAACAAAAUUGUUGAGAAAUUAAUACAUUUUGCUCUAUAAAAUUCAUUUUUCUCUGUCCAUUAGAUCCGUAUGAGUGACAGGUAUGACCCAUCUACACAAGUGUUGAAUUUGAGUGCCUUGUUUUCGGAUGAUGUCCUCACCCAAGAAAACAUUUUUUUACCUCUUAACAGAGCUUCAACAAUGGCAGCAGUCACCAAAAUUAUUGGAGAGAACAUACCAGAGGUUAGGUUUUGCCUUUUUUUAUUCUUGAAAUAAUGUUUUAAGUUGCCAAAAGCUAGAAAUGAAUUGAAUUUCAAUUAAUUGUUUAAUAAUAUGCGCAUAUUUGAGAAUAUUUUACAAUGUUUGUUUUCUAGUUGGUUGGUCUUGAUGUGAGCAAGAACAAGCUGUUGUCCCUAGGUCACUUGACAGAUCUAGUCAAAGUUACACCAAAUGUUCAGUCAUUAAAUCUUGGGGAAAAUCAGUUACGUUCAAUUGAUGAACUGGAUAAACUGAAGGGGUGGCAGAACAUUGUUGAGGUUGUCCUGAAAGGAAAUGACCUGUGCAAGAAUUUCUCCAACCAGGGGGCUUAUAUCAGGUAACACCAGUGUACUCAUGGUACUCCAGGCAAGUAUGAAUUGUGUGUUGAAUUGAAACAGUGAACUAACACCUUCCUUGAAGAAAUUCCACUGUACAAUUAACUUGAAUUUUAAAGAAAAAGGAGAAUUUUGGCUGCUGCAUUAUGACUUUCUUGUCAACAAUGGUUUCAAGUUUAUAGAAACAUUGAGAACUGUUUUACUUUGAACCUAAAUUAUUCAGGUCACUUGCAUUCUGCUUUAUAAAUGAGGCUAUGUCUUUUAAAAGUGGUUGGAUAAAAGAAACAGGAAUAGUUGGGGGGUCGAAGAAAAAAGGCAUCUUAAAAUAUGUUUUUAGUCCUUGCAUUGUCUUUUAUGUUGUCUUGGCUUUAAAAAGUACAUAAUAAAGAUGCAGGUCAAUAAUCAAAUCUAAAUUUGAUUAUUUCGGUAUGCUUGGACAGUUACCUGUAAUAUUGAAAUUUUUUAUUGCCAACAAAAUUUUAUUAUAUCUCUGUUGAAUUAGUGUCCAUUUAUGCACUAGUCUAACCAGACAUUAAUAGGAAGGAUUAUAGCAUCGUUUAAUUUUAUUUUAGAAAAUAAAACGCAUAUAAUUUUGUCACAUAUUGUUAAUUUAAAUACUGUUUCAGUCUUUUGUUACGAAAUAAUAUCUCAUCUAUCAGAUAGUGCUAGUUACUUAUCUGAUUUUUCUACUUCUGCUUCAAAUUUAAAACCUAAAUCGAACAAAAAGUUUUUUUAAUGAAAACUUUGUUAAUAUUAGCUUGAUGUAAUUGUUAUUUACAAGGGUUAUCCUUGAAAGCAGCAAAGUCAUUGGUUAUUCAGAAGACUGAUGUGUCAAGAUAAUGUGGCUUGAAUAUCUUACCUUCUAAUAUUAAGCUGCUGUGAACAGAUGGCCAGGAUGCACUGUAUAUAAAAAGCUAUCAACAUGACCUUGCCUGUGAUGCACCCAGUUAAGGUCAUGUGAGAAAAACUGUGCAUUAUUUAUAUGGAAAAAUCACACAAUAUAGAAGUGUCGAAAUUUCUCUCAUUGUUCUGUACUCUGCAGACCAAUGAAGGUAAUUUUAGAUAAAUUGUGUGUCAAGAUUCCUCACUUUAAUGCAUUUACAACAAAACUAAUAUUGUCAUCAUUGUCAUAUGAUAGUUUGUUGCACAAAGAGGAAUUUUUAUGGAGAAGAGUUUUUUUCUCCAGCAUAAGCGCUUAUUCUUAAAAGCAUAAAUGGUUGCACAGAAACCAUUGUCACAAACUAUUAAGGCCAUCUAUUUUAAGCCAUCGAUUUGAGUCUGACUGAUUACCUUGACCUUGCUGCUAUAUAUUCUCUACUCAUGGCUAUUUCAAAGAAAGAGAUGUAAUAUCUGUUUAUCUAUUUACAGUCUGUCAUUAGCAUAAAACUAAAUCUUAUGAAAACAUUGGGCCUUUUGUGGCUACUUAGGCUUUAAUAAAAAAAAAAGAAAUGUAAUAAAAAUAUUUUCUAUUUACCUCAGCUUGUUAAUAAGUGGAUCAGAUGUGGGUGCAGAACUGAUAAGAUGUGGGGGCAGAACUAAGUAAUUUCAUAAUCAAACAAUUUUAAGAGAUCCUCUCCUCUAGUAUACACAAGUUAUAAAGUCCUUUUAACCUUUCUUUUUCAGUAGCAGAACUAACAUUUUAUUUCAGGCCAUUUUUUCUCUUAAUUUAAUAUCAAUAUUCUUUAAAGAAACAGUUGCUUUUAAGUGAUAAUAUUUAUUUUUCAUAACUUAUUUGUUUCAAAGGGCCAUUCUACGCCAAGGAGGUUGUAAUAGAGAUGUUAAAGUUAAAAGAUCAGCCCAUGCUGAUUUGCUAAUUUAUAAUUUUGCAGUACUAUAAGCUCUAUCUCCUUUCUUUAAAAGGAGACAAUUAGAUUGUAGUUUUAAGAUUAUAUAUGUUAGAUCAUCAUCUAACAUAAUUAAAUGUGAUUGUUUUUGUUAUUGAUCAACUGUGUUGAAAUAAAUGUGUUUUGAAAAUUUUUGUGUUAAGGUGUCUUUUUCUUAAUAAGACUUUAUAACAUUUGUAAUAUAAAUAUAAAUUUGUAUAUUUGUGGGAACACCUUUUUAAAAAUAACAUUACAGAUGUAAUUGGCAUAGAAAAAAAAAAUAAUUAAAAACUUAAAAGCAGAAUAAGGUGAUCUGAUAUAAUACUUUUUAAAAAUUUAAAGUCGCAGACAGCAUUUAAUUUUCUUUUUUUGUUUUUGUUUCUGUACUCUGAUGCAAAUUUAAAAAAACAAACUUUGUCCUAAUUACCUCUUGACUUGGUCGUAAUAACCGCUGACACAGUCAUAUGCCAUUGUAAGGAUUCUGUGGCCUCCACCAUAAACUAAUUUUUCAAAAAAAAACUAACAAAUGGUUUUAGAUGAAAAUUUAGAAGUAGCUAAACUACCAGUUUUAAGUAGAUAGGCACUGGUAGUGAGAGUCUUUCCAAGCUAUGUCAAGUAUUGUAAUUGCCUGGGCAGCAGCAUCAUACAAUCUCCAGAGCGUUGUAGCUUGAGAAUUUCAUCGCUUUUUUAAAAUUUUUUUAAAUGAUGUAGACUAGAAAAUUAAUAUUUCUUAAAAUAAAUUAUGAUGCAUUUUAAAUAAGGAUAGGAUAUUUAUUGACAAAUUUGGCAGCUUAGGUAUUUUAUAAAGUAGCAUGACUUUCUUAGUUUUAUGGUAGUAAUUAUACAUUCUAACAUAAUAUCAUCUUAUAUUUUUAUAACACUAGCGCGGUUCGAAAAACAUUUCCAAAAGUUGUGAAACUGGUAAGUAAGCUGAGACAAAAGAAUUUUCUUCUUCUCUUUUUCAUUUUUCUUGGAAUUUUUCCAAUAAAUCUGUUAAUUUAAAGUUAUUUAAAAUCUAAUUUCUAAAUCAAGUUGGGAUGAUUUGAGGAUUUACACAAUAGUUUAAAGUAGAAAUUUCUAAAUUUUUUUAAAGGAUGGUACAGAUUAUCCCCCACCAAUAACAUUUGACCUGGAGACAAACUUAGUUCUUCCACCAUGCAAGGUCAGUACCAUGAGACAUUUAUUUAGGGUACAUGGAAACUGAUAUAGUUUAUAAUAUACAUUAUGUAUAAAAUUACAUUAUGUUUUAUACUAAAACAAAAUAGUUUGUUCAAGAGUAUUCUCACUAUAAAUAUAUUUCAACAGGAAAGUUACUUUAUUAAUGAUGACAUCAAAGGUUUGGUGGUCACCUUCAUCAAAGAAUAUUACUCUAUCUAUGACUCGGAUAGAAGGAAGGAGUUAAUGCCAGCUUAUCAUGACAAUGUAAGAAGCCUAAUUUAAUAAACUAAUUAACAUUAAAUCAACUUUACUGCUAGUCUUAGAUGUGUAUUUGCUAAAUAAUUCUUUAUUAAAAGUAUGUCCACUGGCUUGGAGAUAACAUUAACAGAUACUUUUGUAUUCAGUUAAAUCCAUGAUAUCAGAUAUUAAUAUGUAAACAAUGUUUUAUUGAAGUUUUAAAUAUUUAUAUAUGUGUCUUUCAUUUUUGAAAUAUUGUAACCAUUCUUACACCAGUGUAACCGUUCCUCCUGUGAGUUGGUUCAUAACUUCUGAGAGUUAUCUAAAUAAUAAAUAAGUAACUAUUGCUGCCACUUCUUCAUAUUAAAAAUAUGAAUUCCAGUGUCGCAAACGAUAUACUUUAUUUACAUGGAACUCAAUAAAUAAUCACUGGAAUAACAGAAGUAAUAAUAGCAGUAAUAUAAUAUGAUAUGCAGCUCCAAAAUAUAUAGGAUCACUUAUUAGACAUUCAUUAAUAUAUAUGUCUACCCUGGUCUAAGAUGUCUGCUCAACUUCCUAAAAUUAUCCCUGCUUCUUCCGCCCACAAAACUGCUGUGCAAAACAAGUCUCAUGUGCAAGUGUCUUGCGAUUUUACAAAUACUAUUUUUAAUUCAUUUUUUGCAGGCUCAGUUUUCCAUAUGUUCUGUAAAUAACCCUCUCCUGGAAAGGUGCGUAUGACAUUUAUAGAAAUACAUAGUAUAAUAUUAAUAUGUUUAAUAAAGUAUAUUUUAUGUACUGUAAAUACUUACGCUGCAAAGUUACUUGUCAAAUCACUGAAAACAUAAUUAAACAGUGGGAAGAGGUGCAAACCUCAACAUUACCCCUAUAUAUGUAUACUUUGUGAAAAUUGCUAUACUGUGAACCUCAUGGGGACAAACAUCUAUGUUGCCAGAUUUUCUUUGGUGAAUAUGAGGGAAAUGUUUCUAUUAUUGGGGAAGGGUAACCAGCCCACACCUAAAAUCCAUAUUACAAUUUGUGUCAAGCUCCCAAACUUGUCAAAUCCCUUACUUACAUGGCACGUCUCUUUAACUUUACAGUUAAAUGAUUUCUUUUUCAAAUUUUUUUAAAAAUUCCAUUUUAUGUGUUUGUUUUUCAACCUUUCUCUUUACUUUAGGCAAAUUGGCUUCAAGUCCUAUUACGAUGACAGUCGCAAUUUAAAAAAGAUUGGCCAUUUUGACGCAGGUGACAGAAAACGUUCAUAUUUACUUGUUUAAUUAAUUGGUCUUGUUUAGAAAAAAAAAAUUAAAGAUUUCACUGGCUUUAAUUUUCUCUUACUUUUAAAAAUCUAUUUGAACCAUUUAUUCUAGUCAACUUUCAAUUAAAUUGCUUUGUAGUUUCAUAUAGUAUUAUUGAUUUAUUAUAUAGAAAAAUUGGCUAAGAAAAUCAAAACUGGAGUUCUUUCUGUUAUCUCUACUUUGGAGAACCUUCCAAAAACAACACAUGAUGUCAACUCUUUCAAAGUGGAUGUCUGUACAGCAACAGUAUGUAUCUUGUUUAGCCACUGGUAACAUUUCAUUCCAUUUGAUCAGGGGUAAAAUUUUAAAUUGAAAAUACAGAGGCACUUGUUGAAAAUUUAGGAUGCCAAGCAAACACUUUGAUUGUCAAAAUACUUUCAUUCCUGUAUAUUAAUAAAAUUAUAUUGUUUUACCCUUCAUUCUAGCCAACAAUGUUAUGCUUCAUCCUGCAAGGUGUAUUUAAAGAGAGUAAGUAAAGAUUGUUUGAAUACAUGACGUUGGUGUAUAUAAUUCACUAAUACAUUUAUAAAAACAAACCAAUGUUACAAGUUUUUUAAAUUCUAUAGAAUUAUCAUUUUGGCAUAAAUAAAACUACUCAUGUUCACCAACCAACCCAUUCCCACCUGAAACACUGUUUUUUGCCUUACGAAAUUCACACACACCUCCGCCCAUCUUUCUGACUUUCUCUGCAUCUGCAAUAUGCUUGUUCUGUGCCCCUAACUACAUAACAAAAACAACUGCAAAUUUUAAUGUCUUGAGAACACAAACUUCUUUAUUAAAAAAAAACAAUGUUUUUAACUUAUUUUGUCAUUAAAUUACAAGAGUGGGAAGUUCAGCAUGGCUAUCUGUGCUCAAGCAAAGUUUACUAGCAAGCUUAGAUGAUGAAACAAUAUAAAAGUUGGAUGAAAAGUCUAUUGAAAGUGAUACAGAAAUUGAGAAAGUGAUGAUGAUAAUCUAAGUCUAAUGAUAACUCAGAAUGGAGCUUGAAAAUUAGUUCUAUUACAUGGGUACAUGGUGCUUAAUGGCAGGCAACCUUGACCAUAGUGAUCACAAUGAACUUCUGGAAAUAUACAGAUAUGUAAUUUCAGAUUCUUUGUUUGAAAGGCUAUUCUUAUACUAAAAUAUAUGACCAUAUUUUUAAUCUUGAUUAUUAAAUUUAGUUCAUUUUUGUAAUAUUGCCAUAAGAACUUUUGUUUUUUUAAAGAGUUAUGCCCCUUUGCCUGGGCAAAAGUAUGUAAUAGUGGGUUAAUUCAUACAGAUGUUGGAAAAAAUUUUAAUGAAAUGAAGAAUAUAUGAUUUAAAAUCUAAAUGAAAGUCUUCUCUAUUUCUGUCUCAAAUAAUUUUAUUUUCUAAUCAUCUUGUUUUAAUAUUACGCUAUUUAUUAUUUUUUUAAUCUAAUAACAUUUUCAUAACACCUUAAAAAGAAAUGUCAUAUAUAUUUAUUUUUCCAACAGUUGAUGCCCGAUCUGACAAGCCAUUGAUUCGAUCCUUUUGUAGAUCCUUCAUCACAGUUCCAUCUGGUCCUGGGUAAUCUGAACAUUUUAAAAUUAUUUUGAUGUCUCAGUUACUGCUAAAUUAUUUCUCUAAAACUAUCAAUAUUUCUGUUUUAAGUAGACUUUAAAAUUAGUUAAUGAGUUAAUUAAAGGGUAGUUCUGUUUAUUGUUAAGUUUUACCAGACCAGUGUGGAAGGUUCAUCUCUUAUAUAUGGUAGUAAAAAUAUUAAAAAGUUGUUUAUAUAUAUAUAUAUAUAAAAUAUAUAUAUAUAUAUAUAUAUAUAUGCAGUAUUUUUCCUAAAGUUUACUGAUAGCUAAAACCUAUUUACUCACUUUCCCUAGGAUGGUAAUAACAAAUGAUAUGUUAACCAUUUCAAACGCUGGAAUUGAACAAACCAGGGUAAGUAAUUUAGAAGUUACUUAAGUAAAAAUGUUAUUGGAAGCACUUCGUAAUUGAAACAUAGAUUGGUGAAAAUAGAAAUUUUUAAUAUUUCAUUUCAUUAUUAUUCAAUUCUUUUGCUUCAGAAUGCAUUCAAAGAAGCUGCCCCAACACCAUCAUCUAGCCCAGUGUCAAGUAGUCAGUACUCGGCAGGCCCAAGUACUUCUCAGAAUGCAGCGAGACCUCCGGCUCCAUUUUUGUCACCAGAAAAAAUGCACAUGCUAGAGAACUUUGUUGCCCAGUCUAAUAUGAACCCAGAGUUUUCACUAAAGUAAGCCACAUGCAUUUUAGUAUUGAAUUUUUAUUUUAUAGCUUGCAUUUUGCAAUGCCCAGUCUAAUUUGAACCCCGAGUUUUCACUAAAGUAAGCCAUGUGCAUUUUAGUAUUGAAUUGCUAUUUUAUAGCUUGCAUUUUGCAAUGCUGUUCCUUAACUUACAGAAUCUGUAGAUAUGCAAAUGAUACAAUCUUAAAUAUUUGGUUUCACUUUUAAAACUUUUUUUUGUUCUUUCUUUGCAUACUAGGUGCCUGGAGGAAAAUAACUGGGAUUAUCUAAAAGCUGGUCAAGUAUUCACAGAUUUAAAUGUAAGUAUAAUUUUCUUUUAACCUCCAAGUGUAAUUGGAUUAAAUUUUUUAUUUUCACAGCAAGUUUAAGCACAAAACAUACCCUAUUUUAUCAAAACUAUUAUGAGUGUAAGUGAAAAGAUGAAAGAGUUGAACUUAAUCCAAACUACACAAUAUCUUCACUUAAACUAAAGUUAGAAUGAAAAUCUUUAAUAAAAUUAAGUGUUAUAAAUAAAAUGGAUAUUUAAUUGACUUUAUAAGUAAAGUCAAUAUUUGACAGUAUCCAGUGCAUUUAUAUUAUAAAAUGUAUCUUUAACUUAGAUUUUUUUUUUUUUUCUUCUUAAAAUUUGAUCAGAACCAAGGCAGGAUUCCUCCUGAGGCAUUUGUCAAAUCUGAAAUUGUUUCUUGAUACACGGCCACUGAAGGAUAAUCUUAUUUAAAAACUACUGUUUAUGCCAUUUAGAAAGAUCCUGUUCAUUAAAAUGUUUAACCCUGUGCAACUCUAACCUCAUCAUAAACAUGUCUAGUGGUUGAAGUUUUUUAAAAUACAGAACAUUUUUAAUGAGCUACAAAGGAUUUUUUUGUUUAGCGGUACACCUCAGAAAUUACAUUUUUUAAAAAUAAAUAGAAUAUUAACAAAUUGAAUUCAUUGUUGUUUUAAUUUGUAUUAAGUGUAAAAAUAGAAAAUGUUAAAUAAAUGUUAUUUAAAAAACUUUGAUACAUGAAGCUGAAUAGCAAUAUAUGCCCUGAAUGAGCAGAUAUCAGAAUUAGGUGG